GUUGUUUUCAAGUAACUCAACUCGCAGAAGUUCAAUUCAAUCUUUCAGGCAGGUCUUAUUUGCUGAUGUCACUGUUUCUGUCAAUACAAAAAAACUAACACAUAAAUUCUACUGAAAGCAAUUUAAGGCCUACUAGUGCUAUUCUGACGUUGUCAAUACAUUGUUAUGUGGGGAUGACAAUAAAGAUUCUUGAUUCUUGAUUCUUGAUCACACGACUGAGUAUGAGGUGGGUCUGUCAUCUGAAACAAACAGGAUUGUGCGGACCGAAGUGGACAUCUCUGGUGUACGGUAUGGCAGCAGUUCGAGCUAUGAGCGUAGAGGGGACUGGAGUGCGACUCUCGCGGAUCGUAGAGUUCCUGACCUCGUUCGCUCCUCUCUCACUGGCUGAAUCGUGGGAUAACGUGGGGCUUCUGGUAGAGCCUGCGUCUCCCGUCUUGGUCAAGAAGGUCUUGCUCACUAUUGACCUGACCGAAGAUGUAAUGAAGGAGGCAGUGGACUCCAAGACCAACUUGAUCAUCGCCUACCAUCCUCCUAUCUUCCAGCCCUUCAAACGCAUCACCUCCGGCAAGUGGAAGGAGAGGCUGCUUGCCACAUGUCUGGAGAACAAGAUGGCUGUCUACUCCCCCCACACUACCUGGGACGCAGUUACUGGUGGACUAUCAGACUGGCUGGCGAGCCCAUUCGAAUUCGAAGGUGUUGAGCCGCUGGUACCUUCGCUGGGAGUUCUGACUAGGCCAGAGUUCUCACACCAUGUGACAGUGUUCUGUCCAUUAGAGCUCAGAGACAGGUGUCAGGAAGUCAUCAGUCGUAGCCACGCAGAGGUUGUCAGUACGGCAGAGCUAAAGACUAUGGUGAAGUUCUCGUUGGAGGCUAAGAAGCAGUUUCUGCUAGAACUGGAGUCUGGACUGAACGAGACCAACUGUUACUACAGCAUUUAUGAGAGGGGCCCUAUUCCUCCCAGAGGCUGUGGCACCGGAAGGUUUGGGAAGCUGAAAUCUCAAAUCACACUCUCAGAGGCAGUUGAGAAAGUGAAAGCCUUGGUUGGGAUGUCUCAAAUACGCAUAGCCUUACAAAGAGGAAACGUUACAGAUUCACCGGUGCGUUCGGUCGCGUUGGUGGCUGGGUCGGGAGCCUCCGUUCUGCGCGGCGUACGGGCCGACCUGUACGUGACAGGAGAGAUGUUACACCACGACAUACUUGAGGCCAACCACUCAGGAGCGAGCGUGAUACUUAUCAACCAUUCGGACAGUGAGCGGGGCUAUCUCUCGCAGUUUGCGCCGCGCCUGGCUGACCACUUUGGUGAUGGCAUCGGAGUAUCCGUAGCGACCAGCGACAGAGACCCCAUCGUCAUUGUGUAACCAUUUUGUUUGUGGAAUGAAGGGAGUUUGUAACAGAAGAUUGGGAAACGAAGUGAACUUAACAAUAGAAGCAAGAUAGCUAAUAGGUGCAAAAUUUAUCAACGGCUGUUACAUUUAUUUAACAAUAACGUAUUUUGUCUAAACUUUUAUCAUAAAGUGCUAUUUAAAACAUUGUUGAUUAUAAUUGAAUGGUCAUGGUAAGAUCAAGUGAAACUUUUUACAAUUUUUGUUGAGAGUGCUUUUUAUGUUCGACACAAUUACAAAAUAUAUAUACGUGUAGUAUUUUUAUGGUGAUUAUGUCAACCAAUUUUUGAGAUAAUUAAAAUGAAAACUAAA